AUGUCUCGCUCCCUGCAAGCAUCCGCUCUCUCUUUCUUGAUUCUCUCCAUCGGACACACAAUUGGUGGUAAGGAAUGGACGGCUGAGAAGGUCUUCACUGGUAUCAAGGGCUCCAGGCCCUGGGCUUGUGGGACUGUGGGUUGGUAUCAGGGGAGUGCUUUCUUCUUGUUGACUGGAAUCCUCCACUAUCAGUGGUCGUGCGACCCUUCAGCGCUAAGCGACCCGCUGAACAAGGCCAUGGCAGCUAUCGUCAACGUUCUCUUGUGGUCCAGCACAGCCUGGUAUGCCAAGAACGGCAUCAAGGAGAAUGCGUUCGCGGUCGGUCUUUCGGCUGCACUGCAGGGUGCAGCAGUUCUGAAGCAGAUUCUGUAA